GACUUUCAGCAGUUGUAAGAUUUGAGGUUAUAGUAGAUUUGUAUUGUUUAAAUUUCCUCAUUACAAAAAAAAUUGUGUUACAAUCUUAUUAUUGUGAACAUGUAAUUGAUUUUUUCUGCAAUUACAUGGCAUUCAACAAUUGUGGCUCGGAGUAAAAGUGAAAUGGUGUUUGGAAACCACGAAAAACUGUUUUGUGAUAGUGCGACGAAAAUGAUGCUCUCAACUAUAAUCAUUUUGAUUUCCGUCUCAAUAUCAAUAGGCUUACCAGCAAAACCAUUAAAUAUUGCUGAAGAAUUACAAAAUAAGAACUGUAGCCUGACAAAUAAAUACUUUAUAGAAAAAUUGGAAUUAAAUAAACUUUGCAAAUCAGUUGAGACCGAUGAUUCACCGUCUUCUCUACUUUGCUUGGCCUACAAGGAAUUGAAUGAGGAUUUUUGUAAAAUUGAUAAAAGUUCAGCUCAUUAUCGCAGUGGCUUGUAUGAUGAAAGUACAACCUUUGUUAUUCAUAACAUCUCUCAAUUCAACGCUACUCAGGUAGAUGAUUUCCUUCAAGGUUUGAAUAAAAGGGUGAAAGAUAUUAGAUCUUUUUAUCAGCUUUUGAACAGUUUUAGAGAGGAAUUGAAGCCGCACAAAUGGGCUUCAAAGUUUUUUGAUCGACUUAACUCAUUGAGUAAUAGUGAGCUUAUUUGUGGCUUGAAUGAUGUCCAACAUUUCUGCAGUGUUUUGCUCUGGGCUAGAACUUUGAAAAUGGAUCAAACUGUAAUUGAAAACAACAGUUCUAACUUCGAAAAUAAACAACAAUCCUCUACUGAAACCCUGAAAUCGCCGAGUCGCACAGCCGAAGAAGAAAUGACCUUGAACGAGUCCUCGACCAAUCGCGAUGCAGCAUCCGCCGCACAUGCGCUGAACAAAUCGGAGACAUCUGUGAUUGGCCAUUCGUCGACGACAGUUGGCAGCCCUGUUGUGCUGCCUGCAGCUGAUCACACCAGUGAUGCCAACACUGCAAAAAAACCAACCUCAACCGUCAGCAACCCUGGCGUAAGUCAAAACGGAAAUAUGGAAGGCAAUGUUGCCAAAAACGAAAAUGUGAACAGAGAAGAGGUGAAAGAUAACAGGUACGAAGUAGUGGAUGAGGAGAGGCAGGCGGAGGAGUUGAAAAGCAAUGCGAAUAAGGAGGAGGAGGAGAAGAAAGACGAUGUCGGUUUCAGCGAGGUGAAGGUAGCUGGUGAUCUUGAGGACAAGGAGCCGCCGCCCGCCAAAGUGGGCGUGGCUAUGGAGGGGGAGGUGAACCAAGAUGGCGGCGGUGUGCAGACGUCACACGUGAUGAGCAUCAAGGACCGGAACGAGGAGGAGGCCGCGGUCAGCGGUCAGUUUGACACCAACUUCAACCAGGCCGACGACAAGGCAACAGCUGACGACCCGGAUUUUGGGGGGCAACCCAACGAGAUGGAAGAUACAGAUGAUGACGGCCAAGAACUACCAGUAAAGACAGGAUCGGCAGUAGGUGUGAUUAGUAGCGGCAGUGGUGUGGAGCAGAUGCCGGUGAUAGGGCGAGGCGGUGAUGAGACGCACUUCUACUCCUACUUUGUAUCCAUGGGAGCCAUCAUUGUGCUGCUCUAUCUCAUGCUGCACUACAAGAAAAAGCUGCUGGCUCUGGCGGUGGAAGGGCGGCGAGGUCGCGCACACGGCUCAGGCCGCAGACGGCCGAAUACGGCUGCAUACAGCAAACUGGACAGCAACCUCGAAGAGGCCAUGGCUUCCAACAUGUCGCAGGCGUCUGUCACGCAUGUCCUCUACUAACUAGUCACUGCAGCAGACGUCCAACGUAACAAGGCCGUUACCCAUGUUAUGGGUGUGUUCAUCUAUGCUAGUGAAGGGGUCAAGUCAUAGAUAAAAGAUAGCGUAAGAAAAUGGUUUGUCGAAUUCAUUCAAAGUUUGGAAGUUU